GCCCUCCUCAGCGGCCUCAGACUCGCCGCUGGCCUCAGAGCCCGACACAUCAAAAUCAGGUGCGAGUCCAAGCUGGUAGUGGGCCAGGUUGAGGGUACGUACGAAGCAAAGGAAGGCCGAAUGAAGCAGUACAAACAAGCAGCGGAGGAGCUGCUGAAGGCGUUCGAAACCCACGAGAUCACACAGAUCCAAAGGGGGCCGAGAACGCCGAGGCCGACAUCCUCUCCAAACUCAUCUCGGACACCCCGGAGCACAUCUCCCAGCUAGCCAAGAUCGAGGAGUUGAGCAUGUCCAGCAUCCAUGUCAGCCCCGUCUUGUGUGUCCAACAGCGACCGGAGGACUGGAUCUCCGACAUCAUCACCUUCAUCACGACGGGGGAGCUGCCCCCGGACGAGGAGAGGGCCAAACUCGCCAAACUCAGGGCCCCAAGCUACACCAUUGAAGAUGGCAAACUCUACAAACGAUCCUAUAAUGGCACCCUCCUUCGAUGCCUGCACCAGGAUGAGGCCGACGUGGCCAUGGAAGAAGUUCAUUGUGGUGUUUGCUCCUCGCACCAGGGCCCUUUCAGCAUGUCCCGGCGUCUCGUCGUCCAGGGCUUCUUCUGGCCGACGAUGGCGCGAGACUCUGUGGACCUGGCCAGGAAGUGUACCACGUGCCAGAUACUCCAGAAGGCCCCUGGUCGGCCAGCCGUCAACUACGCCCCCGUCAGCACUGCUAUUCCGUUCUCAAGAUGGGGAUUGACCUGGUCGGCCCUCUGCCCAGAGCUGCCGGCAACAACCGCUACAUCAUCGUCGCAGUCGACUACUUCACUAAGUGGGUCGAAGCGGAACCCUUGGCCAGCAUCACGGGGGCCAGGUGUCAGAAGUUCGUUCACAAGAACAUUCUCACCCGCUUUGGUGUCCCCCAAGAGAUCAUAUCCGACAACGGCACCCAGUUUGAAGCGGCGCCCUUCCAGGAGAUCCUCCGAGAAUGGGGGAUAAAACACCGUUUCUCCUCCGUUGCCUACCCUCAAGGCAACGGGCAGGUUGAGAACGCCAAUAGAACCAUCAUGGAGGGGCUGAAGAAGAAUCUCCAGGACGCAGGAGGUAGUUGGGUCGACGAGCUCCCCAACAUCCUGUGGUGUUAUCGGACCACGCCGAGGAGGGCGACAGGUGAAACGCCCUUUGCCCUGUGCUAUGGCUUUGAAGCUAAGGCACCCACAGAGGUCACCAUUCCCAGCCGACGAGUGGAGCAGUAUGACCCAGAGGUUAAUGAGGAGAACAUGAAAAUCGACCUCCACCUGGUCGAAGAUAGACGCGAGCAAGCAUUCAUCCGAGCAGAGAACUACCGGCGUCAAGUAAAAUCAUACUAUGACGCCAAGGUACGCUCGAGGGAAUUUCAGGUGGGGGACUACAUCCUCCGCCGAAGGGAAGCAAUCCAGCCGACGGAGGGUGGCAAGCUAGCAUUGAAGUACGAAGGGCCCUACAUCGUCAGUGCCGUGGUCAAACCCGGCACCUACAAGCUUAAACGCCCGAAUGGGUCCAAUGUACCACGAACGUGGAAUGUACACCAUCUGGUGAAGUUUUAUCAGUAAUCCGAAGGAGGUGCAGACGGCGAAGCCCUCACCCCAUAACGGGUUACUGAUUGAACGCCACCCUCGGCCUCGAGCCACUUAUGAAUAAAAUCAUGUUCCUCUUGAUUUUUUCUUUGGAAUUUAAAGUAAAAUAUUAGCAGAUGCCCUCAUCAGCCACCUUAGAGCGAAAGACUCAGGUAUGGCCGACGUGGCACCUUGCAUUUGCAGCCUACGAGCGACAAGCUCAGGCAUACUCCAUUGUAUUUUGUAUCAGCGAAGGGCUCAGGCCUAGCUGAGAGAGCACAUCGUCCUGGCCCCGUAAGCCUAGAGUGAAACGCUCAGGUAUGGCCGACGAUGUCCCCAGGACGAUGGGCCCGCAAACGGCCCGCGUCUUGAAAUGGGAAGUUCACCGCGUCGUCCACGCGCCAGAUCGCAGGACGACAUGCCUGAAAUCAUGGCCGAGGUGGCAGAAUCCCCCCACUCAGGGUUGGGCAACGGCAGCCGUUGGAAACCAACUAAAAGUCUAGCCCGCGUCAUAAAUAGGCGACGAGACCCCCCUGAGAUCACGGACGUUAUAAACGAAGUCCGAACCGGCCGAAGGACGAGCACACCCUUCGGCCGAAGCCUGAAAGAAGGAUACUCCCCGAAAUAGGGAACGAAAACGGAAAUAAAAAAAAAUAAAAAAAAAGAGGGAAGCCGAGGACCGCGCGCACUUGCCGGCCUCGAGCAAUGAAAAAAUAAAAUCCCCACAACUCAUGCCAAACUUGGCUAAGUACAUAUCAGUUGAUCAUAAGUGUAGUACCACUAACAGGUGACAUGGACGACACGGCCACACGGCCAUCACACCACAAGGGAAUUGUCAAGGACGAAGCAUACGCCUAUAAAACCCUAACCAGAGUGGUUGGGUGACACGCGAGUGGUAACCUUCAUCGGCCACAGCUUUUUGAAGCACCAACACUUAGUAUGAAAUAAAGAAUUACAAUCCUGAAGAUGACCACCGGAAAAAUUGCCCAGGACGUAGCCGGCAGUAUUACACCCGCGGAAGAGUUAAGCAUUCAAACAACAAUCCCUACCGGCCACAACAUUCCGGAUGGCCGUUACAGGCACUAAAACCCAGGCGGUUGGCCAAGCGGAAGAUCUUUGGGAAUAUUUGUCCAAGUGUUUACCAAACACUUAGAGAAAAUUCCUGAGGAAAAAGGUUCCUUAAGAGAAUUCCGACACUUAGAGAAACUCUUGAGGAAAGCAAAAGGCACCCUCAUCGACCACAAAGCCAGACCUUGGCCGAUGAAGGUAGGGCCGUCUCUUGGACGACAACGGUACCACACAUAAGAAACUAUGUCUUGCAUUUAUACUUAGAAAAAUCUCUAAGUAUUUAAAGGGAGAACCUCUAGACGAAGCGGGCACCUGAGUACUCGCAGGCCGUUAGCUACCUAUGUCUUGCAUUUGUACUUAGGAAAAUUUCUAUGUUCAAAGACCUAAGUUCAAAUGACCCAAGGCAAGAAACGAAGACAUACAAGGCCGAAGGGGACAACAACCCGUGCACCCCUAUCGGCCACAACACCAGGAUGAUGAGAACACCCACCUACUUGAAGUUGGGUACUUAGAAAAAUUCUAAGACCAAACAACAAAAGGAAUGAGACAAUGACAAGACGCAGCGGACACCCCAGCAUGUCCGCUUCGGUCAUGACGGAAAGGAAGCACCUAAGUGGAUCUCAAACACUUGGAAAUUUUUUGAAGAAAUCCCAAGUGUUGCGACAACGAAGAAACGGCGGACAGGCCGAUAAGGCCACCAGACUAAAUUGACUACCUUACGGACGCAGCAAACACUCGCGGGUGACCUAAGUUGUUAACUUAACACUUAGACAAAUUUCAAAAUAGAAAAGGCAAAGGAAACAAGCAUAGACAUCAACAGCCGAAGAGGCUGGCAGAGCAUUCAUUCAUCAAAAUGUUAAUUACAAAAGGGGGCGCUACGGCCAUUACAUUCAGUUGGGCAAACAUUGGGAUGCUAUUAAUUACAAAUAAAAGAUAAGGGGAUGGCCGAUCACGCCUCCUGGGCGCCCUCAUCUGCAACAUGCUCAGCAUGGGUCUGCUCAUCGGCAUCCUCGGUUUCCUCCUCGGCCUCAGUGUCCUGACCGACAGCGACUGCAGAGCUCGUAGCGUCGUCGAAGAAAUCAAACUCAUCGUAGUCCGGCUCGCCGAGGCCGGAACUAUCGAUCGGGGCCUCCCUUUCCGAAAGAGGGAGCUUGGCCUGCUCCUCGGGAUCCUUCAUCAGCCUGGGAAGCCUCAGGAGCUUUAAGGUCACGCGCCUCGCCCACCUAGAGGUGUAGUUCAUCGCUUUAAGGGCACGCGCCAGCCGCCAGCACAGGAGCCUCUGCAUCCGUUGUUGGCCCAUGUUGUAGUACACGGACAUCUCCCUUUGAAAGUACUCCUGGCCGGCGGGGGAGUUCAUUCCCCAAUCCUCGAGCUUGGCGGCUACAACUUCAUAGCACCAGGGGAGCCGCUCGUCGGCCUUCCAGCCCUCGGCCAGGAAUUUUUGGACGGCCUCAUUAGCGGCCUUCACAGCAGCAGCCUCGGCCUCAAUCUUAGCCUUCACGGCCUCAGCAGUCCUGCGCCGCUCAACCUCAAGUGCCCUCUGGCUCUCCGCAAGCUUGGCCAGGGCAUCGUCCUUGGCUGCAGCAGCCUCAUCGGCUCUCUUCUGCAGAGCUUUGGCAUCCUCUCGAAGCCGAUCCAAGCAGGCCAUCGCCUCAUCGGCCGAGGCAGCCUUUUGCUCGAACUCCUUCAGGUGAGCAAUCUCCCGUUGCUGCCUUUUGUGGCUCUCCAUGAGCAUAAAAGCACCCUGCAAAACAAAGGCAAACCAAAACUCAGGCAAUGACUUCACACAGACGACAAGGAAAACAACAAGUCAAAGGGAAAGGAACUUACUUGGACGACGAGGUCCAUCCCGCCGUCAUAAAUCUUGACGUCCCCGAGCUUGUUGAGGUAGACUCGAUCCUUGACCGGCAUGGCCUGGGCAAGCACAUCAUGGCCGUCAACGCCAUCAUCGAAGACACCCCCGCCAACGGGGUACUCCACCACUUUCUGGUAAGUGGCAGUGGCAAUCUCCUUGCCAGCCCGUUUCAUCCGAGUCUCCUGGACGAGAGGGAGCGGUUGAACAACGGCGCUGGAAGGAGCAGCGGUAAGAUCCACAAUGGCGACAUCAGCGCCAGAACCACCAUCGUCCACAUUUGGGACGGACAGAACGCCGACCUCAUCGGCAAGGGAAGGAGACGGCGCCCUCUUCGUCUUCUUGGCGGGCUUCAGACCAGUCUCGGUCAGCUUUUUCUGGCCGUCAGUGGGAGGCCGUUUCUUCUUUGACUGGGCAGGCUUCGGGACCACACCAGCAGCAGCCUCGCCUCCCUCAGCCGCGGCACGCCUUGCCGCCUCGGCCGCCUCCGCAGCCAGCUCCUCGACCGCCUUGGCCUUGGCUAUGGCCAUUAUCGAACGGUGAUCCAUCACAAAGUCUACACAAAGGAAAAUAAACAGGUUAGCAAGGUAAAGGAACAAAAACAAAGGAAGAAAGCCGGAGGAGGUAUUACCAUCGGCUUCAGCAGGAAUGCCCAAAUCCGGGCCGUCGGCCUCCUCAAAGGUAGUGGUCAUCCUCGGCCACAGUUGGGCAUCGUCCUCCUUGUCACCAUACACAUAAUAUCUGAAGAAGCCGAGAGCGGUCAUCUUAUAUUCGGUAAUGUAAUCUUUCACGCUCCUCGGCCCCCCGUCCAAGAACGCCUCCACCUGAGCGUCCAAGAUCGAACUCUUCGGCGGGUCGUGCAGAUUGGACCUCCCAGUAUGGCCGAGAGAGGGAAAUUCAGUGCCGUUCUCACCAAGGGACACGAACACAAACUUACUCUUCCAACCAUGGAUGGACGAAGGCAAGCGCGUGAAGCUCCUCUUCUUCGGCAAUUGUUGGAGGGUAGCGUAGGCCGCACAGUUCUUGUGGCUUCCUCGGCCAAUCUGGUAGAGGUUCAUGAAGAGAGCUGUCGUCGGCUUGUAGCCCAACUCUUCACAGCGGAGCAAGAAUCCCACCAUCAACGAAUAGUUGUUCGGGGUCAGCAAGGCCGGAGGAAGUCCCACCAUGUCCAAGUAUUCCGUGAUGAAGGGAUGAAGGGGAAAUCUCAGCCCCUUAGCGAAGCUCAUCGGGUACACUCCGAAGUAUCCCGGUGGCGGAUGAAGUACAUGGUCCGUCGGCCUGGGUGCCUUAACUCUCCCAAACGGCCCCACAUACAUCUGCGCGACUAGGUAAUCGGCCGCGUUGCUCUCCGGCUUGAUGAGGUAGAUGUUCGUGAGAUCCAGGUGGGAGUACCCUGGCCCACUCCUCGGCCUCCUUACCCUCUUCGGCCUCUCUGCUCCCUUCACGGCGGACACCGGCUUCGGGCACGGAAUAGCAGUGGAAGUGGACGCCCCGUCCACCACUCGGGACGCACCUGCGUCCUCGCCUUCCGAAGACGAGGCAGACUCCUCGUCCUUACCCUCGUCGUCCUCUGGCUCUCCGGACUUAUAGGGGCUCAGGUGCUCUAUUUCCUCCUCAAACUCCUCAAGCACCUCGUAGUCAAGGGACCUAGUGGAGGGCUGGUCGUCGUAGGGGUAGUACUCCUCGUCCAAGCUCUUCAUCUUACAACUAAUAACGCCCUAAAGGUCUCUACUUUGGAUCUAAGUGUGAAUCCCCUAUUAACACUAGAUCAAAGGCCUAGGAAGCAAAGUAUAUGAAAUAUGAAAGGAACAGGUGAAGAACUGACCUUCGAAUAUUUGAAGAAACGGAAGAACACUUGAACAAACACCUCAGAGACUCUCUCUCUAGAAAUUUCAGCAGCACUUCGUGGGCACAGAUUGCAAAUGAGGUUACCGCAUCGGAAGGGGAGGGGUAUUUAUAGACCUCCUCUCCAACGGUCACUACACGUGGCACCAUAUCAGUGGCCACCUCAGCGGUCACCUCCCCAGCAGCCAAUGAGGUGCCACCCCUUCGGCAAUGGGCCGGGCUCGCGAACUAACCUACCGGCGGAGUAAAACCCUACGGAUCACACGGACAACGAACGCCCACAACGGCCUAUACGCUUGUCGGCUUCACAAAUGCCAGCAAAGCGCCCGCAACGGCUUGGAACGUCAUGAACGCCCGUAACGACCACAGAACCAAAGGAACAAAGAACCCGCAGCCAUCGGCCUUCGUAACGACCCCUGAUGAUAACUCUUUACAAGUGAUCUGCGCACAAGGGUUCUCCCACAGGGUUACCUUGGCCAGAAAAUCGCCAUAAGGGUUGGAUUCAGGGGCACUACGGAGAGGCCGCUUCGGCCAGGGACUCAAGCAACUCCUUCACCCCUCACACUCUUCGGCCUGAAGCAGUGGGGGACUGGGGGACUACAUCGGCCUCAACAAUACAGACAAAGGAAAAAUGCAAAGAACACAAAUGUAACCACAAAGCAUGGCCACAUCGUCCAUGUAUCACAACGGCGCCAAGGUUUUCGUGACUCCAUCUCCGGCCAAGUACUCUGGACAACACGGCGCCUCGUCGGCCAAAGGCACAUAACACCAUCAGCAACGGCCAACAGGCCACCUAAGGCAAGGACAUUCAUCGUCCUCCGCCAACAGUUAAUCAUAAUGGGCUCUUCGGCCAAGAACACGAAAUCCAAUUAGCGACGGCCAAAAGGAGUGCGCAAGCACCCUCAUCGGCCACCCAAAGGAAAGGACGCCCAUCGUCCUAGAAGCAAGGUUCAACCUCAACGGCCUCAUCGGCCCAAAUGUAAAUCUCAACCAUCAACGUCCAAGAAAGGGAAAACGCGCCUUCAACGGCCACCAUCGAAGCAGGACACUCAUCGUCCCCAAAUGAACACACCAAGGAAACAACGGCCUCCCCGUCCACAGCGAGGAGCAGGUAACGGCCAAAGCACAGAACAAGAUCACAAAAAUGGAAACAGCGCCAACGCCGCAACAGCUAACGGCCUGGGAGUGCCCGCAUCGGCCAAAAGCACCAAAACACGGGAAUCUACUCUCCUUCACUUCGUCUACGUCUCAGCUUAGAGAGUGGGGGACUCCUGAUGGAGUAUAUGGGUCUAAGCCCCAGGACCCACAUACUCAGACGAACAGAAAGCACAAGACACUGAGUGGUGCCCUCGUUGGCCAAGGGACCCCCGCCGGUCGGAAAGGUACCAACUCAGAAUAUGGUCCUGAAUCCAAGGAACCCGGGUGCCCUCGUCGGCCGCGCCCUCGUCGGCCACGAAGACCUCACAGAACCGGAUUUUACACUUACUCAUUUGUACAGCCCAUUAGUGGCUUUGUAUUCGGCCUAGUAGCGGUCCAGUUGUAAAUGGGCCUCCCAAGCCCAAGGCUUGGGAGCCCAGCCCGUAUUUUCCCUAUAAAUACUUCCUCUGGAGGUAGUUAUCAGGGUUACAAAAUCAUUCUAUUGAAGCAUAUUAUUGCACUUCUCUCUCUAGCUCUCACUUCUCUCUAGAUAUACUCUAUCAAUGAGUGUAGCUUUUAGAAAUUUCAAAUCUGAGCUGCGAACUGACUUUAUCUAUCAACAUGAGCAUGAGCUGCAGAAGUUAGCAUUACCUCCUGCGGAGUACAAACACAUUUCGAAGAAAGAAUGGAAAUUAUUUGUGAGGAAGACUUUCUCCGAAGAAUUUGUGUUAAGUUAUACUCUUACUCAAGAUUUUGUGCUAAGUUACACACCUACACUUUGAGUAUUUCUUUGUUUCAUUUUAGGAGAAAAACAAUAAAGCGAAAGAGCGCCGAAAAAAGCACAAAUUGAACCAUCGAUUGGGUUUUACUGGAUAUGGAGGCUUGAUUUUAAAGAAGCACGAAGAACUUGGAGUCAAUCUGGAAGACAUUGAUCGUUGUGAUACGUGGUUGCUUGGCAGGAAAAGAAAAGAUGGGACUAAUGAUGAUGAUGUCAAAGAAGUGGCAAAUGAAAUAGAGGACCUGAAGCGCAAAGUACAGGAGGGGUCGUUUUUGCCUAGUGGGGAUGCUGAUGUUCUUUCCAUUGCUCUUCAGAAAAAACCCAAUGGCAGUAGAGUUCAAGGGUUGGGACACUUCAUAACCCCAAUGCAAUACUUCCAUAAGCCAAAAGAGACAAGAACUAAUCGUGAAAAGGAGCAUGAGAUGUGUGAGCAAAGGUACAAGAUGAUGGUUAUGAAGUUUGAAGAAAUGAUGACACAAGUGUCGCAUGUCAUAAGUGAAAUUGGAAGUUCAAGUAUUCCCAACAAAUCUCCUAUUGUAAAGGAACUCCCCCCCACACAGCUCCAAGAAUAAGAAGCCCAAGUCAAAUGAGAGUGAAGAAGAAGGAGAUACAAAAGGAAAGCAAAAGGCAACUGAAGUGCCAGAAGAACAAAACUUGACUCCCCAGAAAAAACAUCUUGCAGCAGUUUCAAGAAAGUCCCCGAGAUUCAUGCAAAUGAAGAAUCUUCCCGAGGAGAGUGUAGUUAGGGCAGCUAACAACACAUGCAUAAGUGAAGCAUCACGAGAACAGGUUGUGAGUGAACUAGGUGCUACUAAAAUAAAGGCACUUAUAUGAGAAGAUGCUUGAAGAUGGAGGUAAUAUGCCAGUCCAAUUUUGCACGUCUGCUGCAAUACUGGUACCAUUGAAACCCUCAGAUGAGUCCAUUACAAGGAGGUCUCGCUAUAUAGCAGAUCUUUUGGGUGUUGGUUUGCCUGGACAAAUCACACUAAUUCCUUAUAAUACAUGCAAUCAUUGGGUGUUGGUAGCCAUUGAUGUUGUGGCAUGGACAGCGUACUAUUUGGACUCAAUCAGAGAGAAUCCAUCAGAAGAUCUGUCACUAAUUGUGAACCAGUUAAGUUAUCUUUGAGUGUCAUACAUUGUGGUACUUAAUCACAAUGCAUGUAUGUAGCUAUGCUUUUUUUUGUAAUUGUUUCAGUCAGAGCAUUGUGUUGAAAAAUAGACACUUUUUAAGUCAAUGAAAAAAUAAUGUACUCAUAUCUAACUUGUAUUUGAAUAUCAUGGGAGUGAAAAUUCAUCAUGCCUCGGUUUCAAAGAAGAGGUUAUCUCUGAAUUGGGUUACAGUCAUGUGCCCUAAGCAAACUGGUUCUAUGGAAUUUGGAUAAUUCUUGAUGAAGUACAUGAGUGACAUUGUAUGUGAUGUUAAUGUCUUGAAAAAGAAUUUGUCAACAAUAAAGGACUACUCUGAACAAGACAUCUUGCAAGUGUGUGAGGAGUGGGCAGCAUAUGCAACAAAAUUGGUCCUAAAAUGCGGUUCAUUGAAUGAUGGUCAGGAGUUCGUGUACUUUUGGAGUGAAGGAAAAUGCAAGAAACACUUUUGGAGUGAAGGAAAAUGCAAGAAACACUUUUGGAGUGAAAUUCUUUAAGAACUUUAUGUUGGGUAUACUUUUGUAGGUUCUUGUUUUGUGGAAUGUAAAACUGUACGUUAUGCAAUGCCCCGGUUAAUUGUUGCGUCAUUUUUGCUUGAAACUGAAAGCCUGCGCGGCUGCGCCCAUGUUGUUGUGGAAGUUGUAACCUAACAUGAAGAAUUAACAAUGAUGAAAUCCAAACACUA